AUGAAAUUCAGCCAAAACCUUGGUGAUACACAAGCCCAGACUAUCAAGAAGAUUCAAGAGGCCUUUGGAGAUGACGCUAUGGGAAAAACACAAAUAAAGGAGUGGUAUAAUCAGUUCAAAGAUGACCGCACCUCAGAGGAUAGUGAGCCACGUUGUGGCAGACCAUUGACUAGCAGAAAUGAAAAAAUUAUUGCAAAGGUUCGAGGUAAAGUCUAUGGAGACUGUUGUGUGACUAUUGAGGAGAUUAUUGCCAAAGUUGGAAUCAGCCAUGGGUCAGUUCAAUCAAUUAUAACAGGAGAUUUGUGCAUGAGGUGGAUGUCAGCCAAAUUCAUAGAAAAGUUGUUGUCUGACCAUGGAAAGAAAACAGAAAGGAAAUCUCCCAGGACAUGCUGGAGUAUGCUAUCCAAGAUUAAAACUUCAUGA